AAUAAACCCUUUAAGGUACCUCUCAACCCCCACCCCUAAAAUAAGCACUACAACUGAACGAUGGGGUAGUGUAACCUCAUUCGAAAAAAAAUUUAGAUAAACUUCAUUUCUACAUGAAUAUCGUUUUUCUAGGUAUUGGGGCAUACACAUUAUUACGCAAUGCAUUUACGUUAGCCGUUAUCAAAUUGCCGUGUAAGAAAUUAGAUUAAAGGCCGAAUUGAACGCAAGGCGGCUUUGCACGCCCCUUGACGAUGCUUUAUUUAUCAUAGCAGGAAGUCGAAUGACUAAAGUAGUCAUUAGCGAUACGAGAAGUGGAGUAGGGAAUUCUCCAGGGUUUGUGAUAUUCAUAUAUCGGCAGUAUAACACAUGUAGCUUUUCAAUAUGAGUCUUUCAGUGUUUUGUUUUAAUGGAAUAAGCUUUUUGAAUCGGUGAUAGUCUUUCUCUAGUUCAAAUGCUGUUUUUGCCUCAUAUGAAAUAUAAAAUAUUGGUUCAUCGCCUGAAAACGCAUUUCCAAGUACCCUCUUCCCUUCCCUCAAAUCAGACUUUGGAAUAUUCAAUGAUCAAGUGUUCUUAAAUCUGUGGACUGUUCGUUGGGUGGAAACAUUGUGAUUUAUAUUGCUGUCAUAUUAUAUCGUCUGAUAACGAACCAAUAGAUAUUAGCAGUAUCUGGCAUAAGAACACAUCAUUUGUGAUCUCGUAAAAUGUGCUCAGUCAUAUCUAAAAUUUUAAAAUUAAGAUUAAUAUCAAAAGUUCAUUUGUCAAGUUUGAUGUGAUAAAGUUCUUAGGGCCUAAUAACAGGAAAUCACAUAAAGUCACAGUGUUUGUUGUAGGUGGUCAUUUCCCCUUACUGGGUUUGCGAUCGUCAUUUACCGUCAAUUAAAACGUUCAGCAACACAUGGAAGUUUUUUCCUUCGAAUAAAAACAUGGAAUUGUGUUAUUAGCUUUGCUUUUGUAUUUUCUAGUUAUUUUUCUCUCGACAUUUUCUAAAUCCAAUUGAUAAUUUUGAGAAAUGUCAGGUAGGCUUCCUAGAGACCGGUUCCAAUUGAAUGCCGUUUAUCUAAUGAAAAGCUAGUUUACUGUCACUUCUAUACGUUAUUCAAACUAUAAGUAAAUAAUAGAAAGCGGAAAUUUAAGCGUACAAUCAUCAGUGUACCAUUUCCUACUGCAGGCAUUCUGUAAUUUAUUGUAAUUCUGCGAUAAUCCUUUUCAUGAUUCUUAAGGCCAGUUUUGAACCUUCGUAUCUUAAUCAGAGUGUUCCAAAACAAUUGGCUUGUAUUUUGUAUCAUUUCCGUUUCUCUUUCUCUGUUCCUUUCUUUCCAUCGUUCCGCGCUUCCCCUCAAUUCGCCUUUGGCUGUCAAACGCGCAUUCGCCUGAAAUCCCGAAUUCUUCCUCCGCUAUGACGUCAUGGCGAUGUCAAGUCGACCCAGAAAUGAUUACUUCUACCACCCUUACCACUUAUAACAAUAGAAAAGGCCCGCGAACAGGAUUUAGAACGAGAACAAAAAAGAAAUAUCACUGUUGGUCAAACAGUGAUUGUGUCGUAUAACGAGUGGGUAGAUUGAGAAAAUGCCCAGGAAAUAGAAUGAAAAAAUGGGGGUAUAUACCGUAGUUCAGCGUGCCCUUCUCUUGCUUGUUUUUAUUAGCAUUUUGUGUGAUAAAUACCACUGGAGUUUUGCGUUAAAGAGAAUCGUUUUAGAGACUCAGAAAGGGCAGCUGGAAUUACUCUGCACAAGAGAGUUUGGCGUGUUGUCAUCGAUUCCUCCGACCAAUGAUCCCUCGCCGUCCACAGAUUUUCUUUGUGGCUCCAACUGUACGGAGUGUAAAGCUCCUCUGAAGUUCAAUGGCUUCCCUAACAUCCCUGAGCAUGAGUGUAUCUCACAGUGCGAAAAGAGCGCAAGUCAGCCAUGUAUCCGUGGCUGCCAACUUAUCAAGAACCUCACCUCAGGACCAGGGCCAGGGGGCCUGUCGUACGACAGAAGGGCUGCAUCUGUGUAUGUACCGCUGACCUGUCGAGGGUCUGACCGUCUGCUCUUCGCGAUCAACGCACACGUGGCGCCGGAGCUUUCCCAUGAGCCCCUGGGGUUCCUAGUUCUGUACAGAACGAACAAAGCAGCGAACUGGAGCAUUUAUAAAUGUAUCUUUGAUGAUUACCUGACCUUCCCCACCACUGCUGGGCAAAUCGCUGUUGCCAUAGUAACAGCAAGGGGUCUUGUCGCCUCACGUGACCUCACUGAGAGGACCCUUGAAAGGCUUCUUAGUAUGAGCGAUUUUGAAUACGCCUUUGGGCACGGCUCUAUUCCGCUCAAUGCAGUAACCGACCUGAACGUUACCUUCAAUGUGGAAACAAACAAGACUUCCGGCACCUGCAAACUGUCAGCGGUGUUUACCUGGGUGCCACCUUCUCCCAGUAAACCAUGCAGCUAUGAUAUCUUUUUACAUCAAGAAAAUGGAGACGGACACGAUUCUACAUAUGCCAUAGUAAAGAUGAAAAGCAGUCAUCAUUACCUUACCUAUACUGCCAGUGCCCUUCCCUUCGACACGCCUUAUGUAUUAGAUGUAAUAGCCCUUGGAUCAGAACUCCACAACGAAAGCGACGGGAGAAAAGUGAUUAAGUUUCGUACUCCAACUUGUAGUUGUAGGGAGGCUCUGGAUGAUGACGAAUAUGCGCUAUUUUGUGCUCCAGAUCAACCUAACAAUCUCUCGAUCGUAUCGUCCCGUUACCUUGGCAACGGCACAAGCGUAGUCGUGGUGUCAUGGCAACCGCCUAAUGACCAGGCAAUGGUCCUAGGAUACCUACUGCACUGGAAAAAGACGCCUUACUCGGCAGCUCAUAUGACCGACCCACACGAAGGGCGAGCGACGAUUAGCGCGUAUACCAAUAUUAGCUACGAGAUCGUCGUAGACACAGGCUUUCCAUACAUUCUAACGGUGACUGCGUUUGUCAAAUGGGCGUAUGGAAAGCCUGGCAAGCUAUACUUUAGCACAGAAUAUCCUCCAACUUCCUGGCCGAACGUGACAUUUCUCAACGUGACAGUACUUGCCGUGACAGAAGAGCGUGACAAUGGCAUCUUGUACCUACUGGUGAUAGGGGUGCUGUUACUUGUAAUCGUGCCUACCGUGGGUGGGGGGAAAUACAUCCACAAGAGGCGACGAGCACGCGAGGCGUCGGCGAUAAGGAGGCAGCUACGAGACGAGAUGAUAGAAGAGGGGUUGAUAUUCGGUGAGAUGCUUGGGCCGAUUCCUGAGCCUGACGAGUGGGAAGUAGACUACAGUUCCAUCGCGUUUGGAGAGGUGGUGGGUUCAGGGGCUUUUGGCAAGGUAACCAAGGCAACCAUUGUGGGAUUGCCAGGCGGUCCAGAGAACAAGGAGACAGUGGUAGCGGUAAAGAAACUCAAUGCGAUGGCGACCAUGGAGGAUCGCCGUAAUUUCCUGUCCGAGAUAGAGAUGAUGAAGCAGCUGGGGAAGCACCUUAACAUUGUCAGUAUUUUGGGCUGCGUGACUCACGCGGGACAGCUGUGCCUCAUAACGGAGUACUGCCCGUACGGCGACCUGAGGAACUACCUGCGCGCAAUCAGAGACAAGAACAAGAAGCAUCCACAUUUCCGCCUCGGGUCGAGCUUGGUUGCGUCACCUCAGUCGGGCAGUCAAAGAUAUUUCUCAAGUUCUUCCAAGAAAACUAAGAGAGAGCCACAAGAAAGUGUAACAAGUGGACAGUACCGUCGGCUCUCCGGUGGCUUACUUCUUUUAAAUGGAUCCGGCCUUCUGUUGCCCGUUACUAACACGACCAAGUCCCUACCCACCGGACUUAUUGCGUCUGCCACAUCAAGCUAUUUGUACGCUGCAUCGGUCAGCGGAGACUAUUGUAACGAACAGGAUCGAGUAGACCUCGUCUCCAGUCUCCCCCAUCAGGCCGCCACAUAUGAUAAACCGUCGGUUGUUGCGGGCUCGCCAUUUGGCUCAAGAGAGCCGCUCCCUGCCCUCCCCAGUCCCCUCUCGCCAGAGAAGACGACUGAGGGCUCAGCCAAUCAGUACAGCUACCCGGCCCCUAUGUCCGGCAAACCAGAGUGUCUCGCUGAUGAUUCCAAGCAGCACAUACGCAUCACAAUGUCCGACGUUCAGCCCUUGGUCGCAUUUUGGCCAGGAAAUGACCAGGAAGAGACUCGGCGAGACUGGGUGGCAAGCUUCAGCCAGCAAAUAGACAAGCCAAACGAAGAAAUGCGCGAAACAAGACGCGGUAGUCUCGACAAUAGGCGAGACGCAUCGAAUCUGAGUCGGACCAACACGCAAAUCGACCAGAGUCAGACAGGCAACGACGAAUCAGACGAACAAGAGGGAAGAGAACUUACUCAAAAUGACCUGCUCUCUUUUGCUCGACAAAUCGCGGUGGGAAUGGAAUACUUGUCUCAGAAAAUGUUCGUUCACCGUGACCUCGCCGCGCGGAACAUUCUCAUUUGCGAGGAUAACCUCGUGAAGAUCUCGGACUUUGGUCUAACACGUGACGUUUAUGAGAGCUCCGAGUAUCACAAGAUGCACAACACGGGCAAACUCCCCCUCAAGUGGAUGGCGCCCGAAGCCAUCUUCCAAAACGUGCACACGACAAAGAGUGAUGUCUGGGCAUUUGGAGUUGUUCUAUGGGAGAUCGUAACGUUGGGGGGUAGUCCAUAUCCAGGACAAUCAGGCAAAGAGUUCUACAAAAAGCUCAAGAAUGGAUAUCGUAUGGAGAAGCCGGACAUGUGUAGUCCAGAAUUGUACGCUAUGAUGCGAUCCUGCUGGGCGUCCAGUCCUGAGGAUCGACCCACCUUCACCAAGCUCCGUAACCAGUUAGAACAGCUUAUGGAUAGAGAAGACGAGCUGUACAUUGAUGUGAACUUUGAAGACGCCGAGUAUUCAUACCUAGCGACAGACUCAAGUUCAUCAGGAAGGCUAAGCCAGGAACCACUGCUUCUUAUAUAAGAUGCCGGAAGUGGCUAUUCCCUUUUUUUUUACGCCGCCCCAAGAAGAAGGCAUAAAUGAGACCUCAAAUAUCAGUAGACCUUCAAACAGAAGCCGCAUCUAAGCUUUCAAGAUCUCAUGUCAAAUAGCCCUAGGCAGUCACAUAUUUGGUAUUUUAAAAAAAAUUGAAAGAAUAAUCAUUUAAAUAAAUUUCUAAAUCUUCAUCUAAAGUUUUAUACAUCAUUUACAAAAUUCAAUUAAAAACCUCAUAAUAACAUUUCCAAAUUAACUGACGGAACCGAAUGCUUUGUUUCCCUUGGGUUUUUGCUAGGAUUUCAAAGCGGCGGCUAACAGACUAAUUAAUACAGUGGUAAAAGUACAAUAAUGUAAAUUAAUUACUAUAAAGACAAUGUACAUCACAAAGUAUAAACAGACUGCAAAUAUUGUAUACACCUUUUUUAAAAAGGUUGUCAGUGCACACUGGCAAUGGCAAUUGCUAAAUGGCAGUUCCAAAAUCGAAAGGUGCUAAUUAUUUGGGAUCCACAGGUCCUUUCCGACGCAAAACUGCCAAUCGCCAUUUGCUGUUUGCACUGACACCUUUUUUAAUAGGUGUAUAUCAGAAAAACAGCAGGCAAUUUAUAUCUGUGAAUCGCUUCAGACCUUGUCAAGAUUCGUGCACCAGGAAAUGUUGAAAAGAUUCCCAUUGCAACACAAUAGGAAUGAUAAAUAUUCACCACAGCUUCCAGAAAGGAAUGAAUUCUCAAAUAACUUUAGUUUAUUGUAUCACUGUAAAUAUAAAAAUUAAUUAUUGCAAA